AGUUACAGCAGUUGUACGACACCGCAAACCUUGCCGAAAUCCUCAAAAGACUCCGGUCGUUCCAGUCUCUCACACCGUCGCCGCAUCAAAUCAUCGUCCUCUCAUACCCAGUCCUAUAAUACGAUUGACACGCAUUCGACCAUAUCAAGUCACUCCAGUUGCGGACCUGGCUCAAUUGGCUCAUCGUCGGGGCGAAAUACCCCCCACGUUGGUGGACCCUCGACACCGACCUUCGUUCGUGAAAUCACGCCAAUCAUACACAUCAACCAACAACAAUCGGACAACGGAGACAAGUAAGGCAGUCGUUGGUUGCAUUCUGAAUGACUAACAGCAUUAUCACAACUUGUUCACAAGCUUGCUACAAGCCUGUUGCGAACACAUCUUGUUGACAAGUUGUGAGUGACAACCUUGUAGCAACUUGAUAAAAUAACAGCAUUGUUACAACUUGUUGACAAGCUUGAUACAAGCCUGUUGCGAACACAUCUUGUUGACAAGUUGUGAGUGACAACCUUGUAGCAACUUGAUAAAAUAACAGCAUUGUCACAACUUGUUGACAAGCUUGCCACACGCCUGUUGCGAACAUAUCUUGUGAAAACAUCUUGUGAGCUUUAUAACGUGUGUAGUAUAUAGGCUAUGUAACAAAUUGCCCAAACGUUUAGAGUGCAAAUACAGCCCGAUAUCACUGACGUUUUAGCCAGUAAUUUCAGCUUUUCAACAACUCCAUAUAGGAAAUACUGCAUCCAUCUUAUUUGUAGAAAUGCGGAGAAAGUACGUAAGUUACACAUUGAGAAGAGUUCCUACCCGCUUGGCAUUCAGAUCUCACAGGGGAGCUCAGGUGGUAUAUUUGUGACAACAGUAACAGAAGGAAGUAUUGCACAAAAAGCUGGAUUACGUUAUGGUGACCAAAUAUUGGAGGUAUUUCUUUCCUUCGGCCAAUUUUCAUAGGGUUAUUUUUCUGAUUACACUGGGGGAAAAAACAGGUUGGUUAAAUUCAUUAUUUUAGUUGUCUUAGGGGCUGUUUAUAUGGUCUCGCUUACCCAGGAUUCAAUGAAGUGUGAAGUACUGUAUUUUGAGUAAUUGAAAUAAGUCGCACUUUAUGACCUAACAAAAUUGCUUGUUACACAUUUACGUGUGCAGUUAUAUAUCUCUUUUUCACCAAAUAUUUGAACCGGUUCCGAACGUUUGAAAAUUACCAUGACUAUCCUCAGCAGCUAUAGAAAGUAUGGAGGAAUCUUACUUCAUAAUAUACAGCAGUUGCUUUAUUGUAUAUUUUUCGUUUUAGUUUAAUGGCAUCAACUUUCGUUCUGCAACGUACGGGCAAGCUGCCAUUAUACUUGGUCAAGCUGGAGGCAGCGUUCGUCUUAUGGUCCAAUAUAAUCCGCAAAGUAAGGCGUCUUUUUAAUUUGAACUAACUAUAUUUAUACCAGUACUGUAGAUAGCUCUAUCAGUUCUAAACUGUUCUCCCUAGAUAUCCAGUAAGAGUCAUCUCUUACUGAUUCAGUGUUACUACAAGAGGAAACAUAAACUAAACUAACUUUAUUUAUACUGGAUAGCUCUAUCAGUUUUAAACAGUUCUUCCUAGAUGUCCAGUAAGAGUCAUCUCUUAUUGAUCCAGUGCUACUACAGGAGGAAACCUAAACUAAACUAACUUUAUUCAUACUGGAUAGCUCUAUCAGUUCUAAACUGUUCUUCCUUGAGGGCCAUGGUCCAAUAUAACUACGUAUCUUACUUUUGUCUCGCUUGUACUCUGUAGAACUGAAAGAGAAUGUUAUCGAUAGUCUGACAAGGUAAAAUAUGACAGUAGUGUAGUGAAAAUAUUAUCAUUUUAAGCUCCCUCAUUCUUUCCAACAGCUCGGCCCUGGGCUCUGUCAGAGUCUCGGUUUCUGAGUAUUACUUUAUUUUACAUUUUAAUAGUCAUAAUUCAUCGGAAGCAAGUAUACCAGUUGGUGAUAGUGACAUAACGCCUCCUGUGCCAAGGCGAUUGUAAGUAGAACAGCCUUGCCUUUUUAAAAUUAUGAAAUUUACCAUUCACGAAAAAGGCGAGCACCAGAACUCAGUUCUGACUCAUUACAAAUUCAUUUAGUACAGUUUUUCUUGUCUAAUUCCAUAAUAUGUAUAUAUUUCAGUGUACCGACGAAUGAUGUGGAAGCCCCAAGUGAACCACGGUAUAUCACGACCGAUCAGACAGUGCAGGGACUGGGACUGAAUAUUUUGGGCGGGAAUGCCACUGGGAUUUUUGUAUGUGACGUGAAAUCUCCCGGAUAUGAUCUGGGAAUUCGGGUUGGUGACCAAAUUCUCGAGGUAAGCUCUGAGAUUGUGGGUUCCGGAUUCUCGCUAUGGACUCAUGUGAAAAGAGUCAGUCAACGCUCUGCCGAAAAUCGUGGGUUUUCUUCGGGUGCUCCGAUUUUCUCCCACAGGGAAAGUUGACAGGGUGGGUUAGGAUAAACACAGUCAGGAAAGCUUACGGAUCGAAAGCCUUGCAGUAAUAAAUUUACGUGGUGUUUCCACAAACAAAAAGUAUUAUAAUAUCGCAAUUGUUGUAAAGAUAUAUAGUCUACACGCGUAAAAACGCUCAGGUUGUGGCAAUAUUGAUGAAAACAGGAUUGAACAAUGUUUUGCUGUCCACAUUGUUCACAGUUGUCAACAAUAUUGAACAAUAUUGUUACACCCGAUUCAGGCUCGACAAGUGUGAACAACGUGGGCAGCAAAACAUUGUUCAAUCCUCUUAAACAGCGGGCUCAGCGUUUUUAGCCAUGUAGGCUAAGUAUGUAAUUAGGUAAGCGUAAUACUUGAUGUAAUCGGUCGCUGAAAAGCCUCGAUGGGGAGUGAGUCUAUGUAGUCUAGUCAUGAACAUCCUCUUAAAAUAUUUAUUCCUGUAUUACUAGUUCAAUGGAUUCGAUUUUACCGCCGUAACUCUGGAGCAAGCGACGCUGGAACUAUGUAAGCCAUCGGAAAAGAUAAAUACGAGGUUACAAUAUAACCCAGCAAGUAAGUUAAGAUACCUUUAAAUCGUAUGUUCAGUUUUGCAUUGAUGAUUAAGAAAUAAAAAAAAUAUUCGUCUUUUAGAAUACAAUGUCAUCAAGGAUCACCCUGGUGAUUCGCUUUACGUCCGGUAAGAAUUAAAAUUAACAGAAUCAAACUAUUUCUAUCAGUUCUAAACUGUUCUCCCUGGAUGUCCAACAAGAGUUAUCUUUUUGAUCCAGUGUUACUACAGGAUGAAACCUAAACUAACUUUAUCUAUACUGGAUAGCUCUAUCAGUUCUAAACUGUUCUUCCUAGAGGUCCAGUAAGGAUCAUCUCUUAUUGAUCCAGUGUUACUACAGGAGGAAACCUAAACUAAACUAACUUUAUUUAUGCUGGAUAGCUCUAUCAGUUCUAAACUGUUCUUCCUAGAGGUCCAGUAAGGAUCAUCUCUUAUUGAUCCAGUGUUACUACAGGAGGAAACCUAAACUAAACUAACUUUAUUUAUACUGGAUAGCUCUAUCAGUUCUGAACUGUUCUUCCUAGAGGUCCAGUAAGUAUCAUCUCUUAUUGAUCCAGUGUUACUACAGUAGGAAACCUAAACUAAACUAACUUUAUUUAUAGUGUAUAGCUCUAUCAGUUCUGAACUGUUCUGCCUAGAGGUCCAGUAUAAGGAUCAUCUCUUAUUGAUCCAGUGUUACUGCAGGAGGAAACCUAAACUAAACUAACUUUAUUUAUACUCAAUUAUACUGGAUAGCUUUAUCAGUUCUGAACUGUUCUUCCUUGAGGUCCAAGUAAGAACAAUUUCUUAUUGAUUUAGUAUUCGUGCCGGAGGAAAUCUAAACUAAACUUUUUCUUGAUCUAGCGCAAUGUUCGACAAUCCUGCAACAAGCAAAGAUCAGUUGUCAUUCAAGAAAGAUGACAUACUGUAUAUCACAGACACGCUGUAUAAUGGUCACGUGGGCAGUUGGAAAGCGUGGAUUGUGAACAAAGAAGAUGCGCAACAACGGGAAAGUGGAAUGAUCCCGAGUCGAAUGAAGUAAGGUCCAACUAUUCUUUAUAUACUGAUUAUUGAUGUACUUUCAUAGGAGCAAGAAAAUUAAAGAUUCUCAAUGGGUAAUUCCAGCUAUAGCCUAAAUUUUGAUCAAGGCAAGAAGAACGAAAUCCAACAUCACAGCACAGAAUAGGAAGUUAUACCAGAAGCGUAACUCGAGCAAGUAUUUGUCCGCGUUUUUACAAGCGAUUCGUCAUCAAUCACGCCAUCCUGGCUAGUACAACCGGCACUUUGUACCUAUCAAAUCUUGAUAAAAACUUCCGGCUGUACUAGCCAGGAUGGCGUGGCCUGACGUGAGCGAGUUAAAAUUUUCGUGGAUAAGGGAAACGACUAGAGUUACGCUUCUGGUAUAACUUCCUAUUCUGUGACCACAGCUAGAAAGAGCGUCUUAGAAUGAGUAAAACUGCAAAGUUUGGUUGCCAAAUGUUAUAAAAUGAAGAAAAUAUAGCCCUGUGAAGUUAGCAAAUUUUGUAUAUAUUGGUAUUACGCGCAGUAAAAAUAACCACUUUCGGCUCAAAAAUGGUUAUUUUCCCCGCGCGUAAUGCAAAUAAAUACAAAAUUUGCGAAACUUCACAGGGCUAUAUUUUCCUCAUUUUACAACAUUGCGCAACCAAACUUUGCAAUUUUACUCAUUUUAAGAUGCUCUUUCCAGCUAUGGUAAUGGUUUUCGUUCUUCUUGCCCAGAUCAAAAUUUCGUGCAUAGCUGGAAUCACCCAUUCUAUAUUUCUGCCUCAAAAUUAAAUACAAGACUAUGCUAUUGCACGUAAUGAUUGAAAAUAAUUGUCAAUAUUUUUUGUUGACUCAAAUAUACAUGGUCUUUCCACAAUCCAAACCAAACCAGAACAAUCGUUUUCGUUCCAGAGCGGACCAGAUAGUGUUACUUCGACUGAGUGUCGCCCAGAGCGAUUCCGACCACAAGUUGGCUGGAAGACGAAGCUUCUUUAGACGCAGUAAAAAAGGAAGCCAUAGUUACAGUGUCAGUCACUCACGGGAGAGCAGUGAUACCAGCGUAUCUACCUUCACAGGUAAGAUUAAACCUCAAACUCGUUAACAAUUCAUGAUAAAUUAGCCAACCAUAUCGCUUUACUUUGGUCACAGGAUGUUACUGGAUACGUGGUGAAGUAUAUUGAUUCAGUCCUAGGACUGAUAUGAAAAUGGAUAAGAGUUGACUUAAAUUUAAUGAAAAUUUGAACCAACUCAAAUGGACCAUUUGCAUUAUAGACUAAAUUUUGAUGUACUGUAGUCAAGAACAAGUCUAGAUAAAAAUUUCAUCACAGCUUGAAAGAGCAUCACAAAAUUAGUAAUAUUCCAAAGUUUCGUUGCGAAAUAUUGUAAAAGGCGGAUAAUAUAGCCUUGCGAAGUUUUCCGUUUUUCACUCAUUUUGUAUUACAAACGGGAAAUUGACAGCCCCAAAGGGAAUAGGGCUGUCAAUUUUUCCCGCGUAAUGCAAAAUAACUGAAAAACGGCUAUAUUGUCUGCAUUUUACAACAUUUCGCAACGAAACAUUGGAAUAUUACUAAUUUUGUGAUGCUCUUUCAAGCUGUGAUGAAAUUUUUGUCUAGACUUGUCAUAGGACUUGUCUAGAUCAAAAUUUAGUCUAUAAUGCAAAUGGUCCAUUUGAUGAGAGUGCAUGAGAGUCGAUGAGAGUUACCGGUCAUGCAAACGUUGUAAUAUUUAACUUUUAUAACUGAGGCUUACGUUUGUUUAUCUUUUUUAGAUAUGGGUGUUGCCUCUUACCAGAGUGUCGAAAGACUGGACAGUAAGUUAGAUUUUAAAACGACGAACGGCGCUCAGGAUAGAUUACGAGAAGUUGGAAUACUCAAGUAGUUGGUCAGUUGGUGAAUCUGCCAUGUUUGAUCACAAAAUUUAUUUUUCUAUAGCUCAUCAUCCUCGUCCUGUGAUAAAUCUUGGGUCCCCUGGCUGA